GGAUUUUAAAGGGGCAGAGAAGAAGAGGAAUAGAAGACUGUUCCUCACUCCACUCCUUUUGCUUUUUCCUCAUCCUCAACCCUUUCUUUUAGGGUUUGCAUUGCAGGCACCCAUCUUUGUGGAUGUCAAAAUCUACUGCACCUGAGAGAUGGAUCUGAACCUAAUACAGAUAAAUUCAAGAUCCGUAUUUUUUAACCCUUUUGGCCAUAUCUAGCAAACCCAAUUUUACGGUUCAAGCAAUUGUAUUGCUCCCAUGAAGAGGUCGUUUAGACCUUUGAUAAGCAUUUUAAUGCUUGUUGCAUUAGCUGCAACAUUAAGCUGUCGGAUUGCCAUCCGCGGGGGCAGCGGUGGUGGAUUUGCUGUUUCAGCUGAAUUGGAGACCACCAGGUCCAGGGUCCUAAUCCAACCCCCACCAAUCCAAAAUUUUAACUCAACUUUGCUCAAGUUUGCAGCGGUUGAUACAGGUGAAGCUAAAUCCAAGCUUGAAAUAGAGCAGCUGCUGGAAGGGAGCUUUGCGGGUCAAGGAAGGUAUAGGACUUUUGCAACAUGGAGGAGGUUCAAUCAUCAUGAUGUCAAAGCUAGGAAUUCUAAUGGGAUGCCGGUAAUGCUCAGGUCCCCUAAAUUUUAUCGGUAUUGGUUAGAUUUUAGGAGGAACUUACAGCAUUGGGCUAGAAAAAGAAUGUUCCAACCUGAUAUUAUGAUGGAUUUAGUUACACUAGUAAAGGUUCCUAUUGAUAGCCAUAAUGGUUUAAUGAGUUCGGAUAACAAGUAUAAAUCUUGUGCUGUUGUGGGGAAUAGUGGGAUUUUACUGAAUACUGAUCAUGGGAAGUUCAUUGAUGGUCAUGAGGCCGUGAUUAGAUUGAACAAUGCUAGGACUGAGAGGUUCGAAAAGAAUGUGGGGUCGAAAACCAGUAUUUCGUUUGUAAAUAGCAAUAUACUGCAUCUUUGUGCUAGGAGGGAUGGAUGUUUUUGUCACCCUUAUGGAGGGAAUGUUCCUAUGGUUAUGUAUAUCUGCCAACCGGUUCAUUUCAUGGACUAUUUGGUAUGCAAUUCGUCUCACAAGGCACCUUUGUUGAUUACAGAUCUGCGUUUUGAUAUGUUGUGUGCUAGGAUUGUGAAGUACUAUUCAGCGAAACGGUUUGUGGAGGAGACAGGGAAGGCAUUGAGUGAAUGGGGGUCUACUCAUGAUGGUUCCAUGUUCCACUAUUCCUCUGGUAUGCAGGCUGUUAUGUUAGCCUUGGGAAUUUGUGACAAAGUUAGUAUAUUUGGCUUUGGCAAAUCGACUUUGGCGAAGCACCAUUAUCAUACUAACCAGAAGGCUGAGCUCCGUUUACAUGAUUAUGAGGCGGAAUAUGCAUUUUAUCAUGAUCUGGUGAAGAAUCCACGGGCAAUACCAUUCAUUUCGGACAAAUUCAGGUUCCCUCCUGUGGUAUUCUAUCAAUGAUUUUGGCUGAUUGGUUUCUUUUUUAAUUUUAUUUUGUCCUUGUUUUGUUGGUCAAGACUAAAUCAGUGUGUUCCAUGGUGUAUCAGUAAUUCUGUAGUGGAUAGUCAAAAGAAAACACAAAUGCUGAAGAUCUGUGUUUCAUAUUCUGGACCUGCACUGUCGAAGAUGGUUUAGGGUAAUAGGAAAUGUAAAAUUGGAAACUAAGAAUAUGAAGUAAGAUAUGGUGGAUUCUUCAUAUGCUUUUUGUUGAGCUUUUGAGAUGUUGUUCUUUCUGGUGCAAUGUUUGGGGAUUCAAGAGUAAGUCCCUUUAAGGUAUUGUAAGCCUCUAGAAAUUCAAACUCAUUCAUCUAGCUUAUAGAUCAAUUAGUAUUUGUUUUGCUGUGUGUA